AUGUAUACUACGCUGAAGAUCGCCAUUUUCGGCCUUCUCUCCCUGGCCACCGCUGUGCCAUCCACCUCAAACGCAGACACAGGCGCGCUCUUCGCUAUCGAGAAGCGAUGCACCGGGCUUUAUGACCUAUGUAACAACGACUGCUGUGGCAGCUCGACUAGCUGCAACUACGUUCCUAUCUGCCACAGCAGCCGUUGCGUGUCUUAUGAUCCUACUAUUCACUACGACCCUCCUUGUCCCUAA